AUGUCCGACCAAGACCUCGCUACUGCCCUGGCCCAGUGUCACCUCGACAUUGUCGCCGCCCUCGGCAUCGAACCGUGCCCGCCAACCUACGAGUCGUACAUGCUCGACAGCGCCGUUGCCGAGGUCAAGCUGGCCUUUGACCUCAUCCUAGUCGAGGACAACGACGGUUUGCAGAUCCUGGCCGACUACCAUGCGCAGAGCGCCGCGACCAAGUACCGGGCCAUCAUGGAAGAGAUGGGCGUUGCCGACGACACCGGCUUUGUCGCCGCCCUCGGGCAGGGUGUCCUGGUGGCGCUCUCGUUUGUGAGCAACAAAAUCGAUUAA